CUAUAACAUGUGCUACAUUACAGCGGCAAUGACAUGACAGCAUUAUCACCCAACCCCACUUUACCAUAAACUUCAUCCAAUCAGAUCCCAUCUAGUUUCUUUCAUUUCAUUUUUCUUCAUCUUCUGUAGAAAUAAUGGAGGGAAGCAAUGAAUUGGCUUAUCAGCUUCUACACUAUUUGAAGGUAUACAAAGAUGGUAGAGUAGAGAGGUUACCAGGCUACCAAGAUGAAUUUGUUCCUCCAUCUAUUGUUAAAAAUUCAGAAUCAAGCGUUUUAUCCAAAGAUGUUGUAAUCGUCUCUGAAACUGGUGUUUCUGCAAGACUGUAUCUUGCCAAAUCAAGCACUCACCAAUUGCAAGAGAAGAAGAAUAAGCUUCCACUUCUCAUUUAUUUCCAUGGUGGAGCUUUCUGCACAAACACUUCCUUCAAUCCUAAAUACCACAACUAUGUCAAUUCAUUAGUUUCAGAAACAAAUGUUGUUGCCGUCUCGGUGGAGUAUAGACGAGCCCCGGAGCAUCCACUCCCCGUCGCCUACGAGGAUUCAUGGACUGCCUUGCAAUGGGUACUUUCUCAUUCUACUGCUACCACUAGUAAUGGGCAAAAACCUGAGACAUGGUUGAAUGAGUAUGCAGAUUUCGGUCGAGUUUUCUUGGCUGGUGACAGUGCAGGUGCUAAUAUCGCGCACAACAUGGCUAUUCGUGCUGGGAUUAGUUCUGAACGAAUUUACGGCUUGAAAUUUUUGGGAGUUGUUCUAGUGCAUCCUUACUUCUGGGGGAUGGAACCUAUAGGGCUGGAGCAAAGAGACAGAAGUUUAAGGGAAAGAAUAGAUAAGCUAUGGCUCACUGUUUGUCCAUCGACGACAGGGAAUGAUGACCCGCUUAUUAACCCAGCUACAGACCCCAAUCUUUCGAAUUUGGGAUGCAACAGGGUGUUGAUUUGUGUUGCGGAGAAAGAUUUGUUGAGAUACAGGGGACUGUUUUAUGGUGAAUUACUGCGGAAGAGCGGGUGGAAAGGUGUUAUAGAGACCAUGGAGACAGAAGGGGAAGGUCAUGUGUUCCAUCUCUUUAACCCCAGUUCUGAGAAUGCUGUGAACAUGCUCAAAAGGUUGGCUUCUUUCGUCAACCAAGAUGAUUAAGUUCUAAAAAGAACAUGUAAAUUUGAUUUUGCUAAUCAACUAAUAAAAUGAAAACAAACCGCAGAUUCUCAGUGUC